UUCUAUUUUUUUCUCCAAAGGUGUCUCUGCAACAUGGACCCACAGAAUCUAACACGUGUAUCUGAAUUUCUACUCUUGGGCCUCUCAGAGGAUCCAGAACUGCAGCCCCUCCUCUUUGGACUGUUCCUGUCCAUGUACCUGCUCACCAUGUUUGGAAACCUCCUCUUCAUCCUGGUUGUGAGCUCUGACCCCCACCUCCACAAUCCCAUGUAUUUCUUCCUCUCCAACCUUUCCUUGUGUGACAUUGGUUUCACCUCUGUCACAAUCCCAAAGAUGCUUACGGAUAUCCACACACACCACAGGAUUAUAUCCUAUGUCAACUGCCUGAUUCAGUUAUUUUUUUUUUUGUUUUUUGGAUGUAUGGACAAUCUCCUCCUGGUGGUGAUGGCCUAUGACCGGUUUGUGGCCAUCUGUCAGCCACUUCACUACCCAGUCAUCAUGAACCUUCAUUUCUGUGGCUUGUUGGUUUUGCUGUCUUUUUUCCUCAGCCUUUUGGACUCCCAGCUGCAGUCAUUGAUGACGUCACAACUCACCUUCUGCAUGGAAGUGGAAAUUCCGCAUUUCUUCUGUGACCCUUCUCAACUCCUCAUCCUUGCCUGUUCUGACAUCACCACCAAAAACAUACUAGUGUAUUUUAUUGGUGCCAUCUUUGGUGGUGUUCCUGUCUCAGCAAUCCUUUUCUCUUAUGCUCAAAUUGUUUCCUCCAUUCUGAGAAUCCCAUCAUCAGGUGGGAAGUAUAAAGCCUUUUCCACCUGUGUUUCUCACCUGUCAGUGGUUUGCUUAUUUUGUGGAACAGGUAUUGGAGUGUACCUGAGUUCAGCUGUCUCACUUUCUCCUAUGAGUGGUACAGCAGCCACAGUGAUGUACUCCGUGGUCACCCCUAUGUUGAACCCCUUCAUCUACAGUCUGAGGAACAGGGAUAUCAAGAGGGCUCUGCAGAGGCUCCUCAGCUGA